UCAUCGUUGAUUUUCAACACGUGCUUGUUUGUGAUACUGCAUACAUCUCGAGUUUCACAAUGUAUUGUGUUUUGGGACGUUGGACCAGUGUACGUCGGUGUUGUCAUGUGGUCUAGACUCCGUUGUAAUCUCAAUCGUGGAUAACACCAGACGUUUCAACCAAAUGAAUCCACGGACAACCACUUCAGGCCGGAGAGUGGCAGUGAUCACAGGAGCUAACAAGGGCGUCGGGUUCGGUAUUGUCAGAGCAUUGUGCAAGCAGUUUGAUGGUGACGUCAUUCUAACAGCAAGAAAUGUUGACCGGGGUCAGCAGGCCGUCGCUGACCUCAAUCAGGAGGGACUCCGGCCUCGCUUCCACCAACUGGACAUCACUGACACCGACAGCGUGGACGCCCUUGCGACGUUCCUGAAGGACAACUACGACGGACUGGACGUUCUGGUCAAUAACGCCGCCAUAAAAUUCAGGAGGGAGGCUGGUGUUCCCUUUCCCAGAAGGAUCAAGGAAACGGUGGGAUGUAACUUCUUCGGCACUUUGUCUGUGACGAGGCGGCUGUGGCCCUUGUUGAGACCUCAUGCAAGGGUGGUGAACGUGACCUGCUUCUGUAUCAGUUCGAUCAUCACCGAGUUCUCCCAGGACCUCCUGUGUCAGCUGCUGAAGCCGGACCUGACCAUGGCCCAGUUGGAGCUGCUCUUGCAGGACUACGUCAGGAAGGGGGAGAUGGGGGGCCACUUCAGGGUAGGAUGGCCAACAGACGCCGAGUACGAUGUAUCUAAAGUCGGGGUUUGUUUGAUGUCUGCCAUUCUCAGCAGGGAAGCUGUUGACGACUCGAGAGGGGAUAUUGUCGUCAAUGCGUGUUGCCCGGGUCACGUGAGAACGGACAUGUCUCGCUAUGAAGGUAGCCUCACAGUAGAUCAAGGGGCGGACACCCCCAUGUACUUGUCGCUCCUACCCCGCAACGCUGCCCGCCCCAGGGGUCAGUUCCUGGCAGAGCGGACAGUGGUCAAGUGGUGGUGACCGCUGGACGCGAGAGUCAGCAAUGUAUAUAAACAGUUCACUCAGGUGCCAGAUGGGCGUGGCUGGGCUCGUGGGGAUACCAAUUAAUCUGCCCAAGCCACACCCACACUCACUAUGUAUACAGUGAAUAACUCGAAGAUAAUCGAGAUGUCCGUAGUUCGAGACACGCGGAGUACCUACUUAUCUACGUUGGCGUUUAGAUUUCUUUUUGUCGUUUUACUCAGCACACAAGAAUAUUCCAGUGUUAUGACGGCGGUCAGGAAUUAAUGGGUGACCAGAUAAAACAUUGAUUAGAAUUAUAAACAACGUCCCACGUCGUCGUGGUACGAGGACCCGCAAUCAACGAAGUCACCGAACCUGACAACCCGAUCCGAUCGGUAAUAAAAUGCGUUGAUUGGAAA